CUCCGCCCGUCAGCUUGGGGGCUCCAGAGGAUGGAGGAUUCCCGGGAGACAUCGCCGUCCUCCAACAACUCCUCCGAAGAGCUCAGCUCUGCCCUGCAGCUGUCCAAAGGCAUGUCCAUCUUUCUCGAUAUACUGAGGAGAGCAGACAAGAAUGAUGAUGGGAAAUUGUCCUUUGAGGAAUUUAAAGCGUAUUUUGCAGAUGGAGUUCUCAGUGGAGAAGAACUACAUGAGCUCUUCCACACCAUUGAUACUCACAAUACCAACAAUCUUGACACAGAAGAACUGUGUGAAUAUUUUUCUCAGCACUUGGGUGAAUAUGAGAAUGUACUGGCUGCGCUUGAAGACCUAAAUCUCUCCAUCCUGAAGGCAAUGGGUAAAACAAAGAAAGACUACCAAGAAGCCUCCAACUUGGAACAAUUUGUCACUCGGUUUUUGUUGAAGGAGACUUUAAAUCAAUUGCAGUCUCUCCAGAACUCUCUGGAAUGUGCCAUGGAAACUACUGAGGAGCAAACCCGUCAAGAAAGGCAAGGCCCAGCCAAACCAGAAGUCUUAUCUAUCCAGUGGCCUGGAAAGCGAUCCAGCCGCCGAGUCCAGAGACACAAUAGCUUCUCCCCCAACAGCCCACAGUUCAAUGUCAGCAGUCCAGCGUUGUUAGAAGAAGACAACCAGUGGAUGACCCAGAUAAACAGACUCCAGAAAUUAAUUGAUAGACUGGAAAAGAAGGAUCUGAAACUUGAGCCCUUGGAAGAAGAAGUUAUUGAAGAGAGCACUAAACCUCACAUCAUGCUCGUGCAGCGCCAGAUGUCCGUGUCAGAAGACGAUCUGGAAGAGUUCCAGCUUGCUCUGAAACACUAUGUGGAGAGCGCCUCAGCCCAAAGCGGGUGCCUGCGUAUUUCUAUACAGAAGCUUUCAAAUGAAUCUCGCUACAUGAUUUAUGAGUUCUGGGAGAAUAGCAGUGUGUGGAAUCGCCACCUCCAGACAAAUUACAGCAAGACCUUCCAAAGAAGCAAUGUGGAUUUCUUGGAAACUCCAGAGCUCACAUCUACCAUGCUAGUUCCAGCUUCAUGGUGGAUCCUGAACAACAAUUAGAUGUCCCUACACAUAGUCUUUAUUGUUCCAAGUGCAAGUGUUCUUAUCUAAAAUGCAACCUGGAAAGUUCUCUGUGGUUGUCAAUUGGCUGCACACUUUUGUUCAAUGUGUUUACCUAAGUACACUAUUCUGAAGUAUAUUCUGUAACUAUUUUCAAGGUUUAUUGUUACUCUUAAUAAUUGAUGCUAAUUUAUACAUUGUAAUCAAUCAUAGCAAAAUCCUAAUAUAUAAAAUGGUAUAUAAAUAAUGAAAUUAUGAUAAUUAUGGUAAAAAUACUGAGAACGUCUAGAACAUCAUAACAUAUC